AAACUUGCGGUCGCGAUUUCUGUGGAGACCAGACAUUUUGAGGAAGGAUUUCAAUCAUGCUGACAUGGACAUUAUGGAGUGGGUUUAUCGUAGUUUUGUGGAUAUAUUUUCUAUGGACUCGUCGUCGAUAUUAUCUACUAACUCUAAAGAUACCCGGACCUCUUGGAUAUCCCAUUUUGGGAAUGGCUCAUAGACUUAUGCGCCGAGAAGAUAUUCUCAACGCAAUUGGCUAUUAUCUGCACAAACAUGGGAGUACAAUAUUCUCCUGGUUGGGACCAAUACCAUUUCUGAUAGUCAGUGAUCCACAGGCCAUACAGGAUAUCCUGACAUCACCUCACUGCAUAAAUAAAGGGAUUAUCUAUCAGGCUGUGGAUGAUGGGGCUGGCACUGGACUAUUUAGUUUACAAGAUCCUCGCUGGAGUGUACAUCGUAAGCUUCUGAAUCCAGCCUUUGGACACAAGGUGCUUCUUGGAUUUCUCCCUAUUUUCAACAAUGAGACGAAAAAUCUGCUCAGUUUACUGGACAGUCUGGCAGAUACAGGGGAAAAGGAUUUAAUACCACUACUUCAAAAUUUCACAUUGGGCAUAGCAACACAAACGACCAUGGGCAGCGAUGUGAAGGGAGAGGAAAAUUUUGAGAGUCACAGCUUGUUAGAACGGUAUCAAUGUGUAUUGGAAACCAUGACAGAUAUGUGCUUCUCGCCCUGGUUGAACAGUCAGUGGGUUCGCCAGCUCCUGGGCAAAGAGGAGCGCUAUUGGCGCGCAAAGACGGAGAUUCGUGAGUUUAUAAGAAAGCUAAUCGAGAAAAAUGUGCUUGAGGACGAAACAGCAGAUUUGGCCCCCAAAGAUAAGAAUAUAUUCUUUAAUCUCGCCAUCGAUCUGUUAAAACGUGGCGUCUUUAGUUGGAAGAAUGUCGAAGACGAAUCAAAUGUUAUGGUUUUUGGUGCUUUCGAGACCACGGCAAAUACUGUGUACUAUACGCUAAUGCUUUUAGCCAUGUUUCCCCAGUACCAGGAGAAGGCAUUUGAAGAGAUCAAGUCUUUGUUCCCGCACAAUGGUGACUUUGAUGUUUCAUAUGCCGAGACUCAAGAGAUGGUCUAUUUGGAUCUCAUCUUAAAUGAGUCCAUGAGAGUUGUGCCACCAGUACCUAUCGUUUCCAGGCAGACAUCUCAAGAUGUGCGGCUUUCAAAUGGAAUUGUUAUUCCCAAGGGUGUACAAAUUGCCAUUGAUAUAUUCCAUUUGCAUCGCAGCAAGUUGCUUUGGGGUCCCGAGGCUGAAACAUUUAAUCCCGAUCAUUUCUUGCCGCAUAUAUAUCAAGACAAGCAUCCCUACGCCUAUAUACCCUUCACCAAGGGUCUCCGAAAUUGUAUAGGUUGGAGAUAUGCCCUUAUUUCGGCGAAAGUUACAUUGGCCAAAUUGCUGAGAAAUUACGAGUUUAAAACUAGCUUUAUGUUUGAGGAUCUUUAUUUUAUUGAGGAUAUAACCAUUAAAUUAAAAUCCGUACCCCUAUUGGAACUAAAAAAAAGAAAGUAAUAAUAAAUUGA